AGUUGUGAGGGCGCCACCGUCUACGACCCACGUGCAUCGUCAGGGUCGGAGUUUUGUGAGUCCCCAGGGUUGGUUGGCUGCCCCUCAUCCUAGAGCCGUAGUGAUCACUGCACAUCGAAUGGUUUCUGUCCUCCCAAAUAAACAUUCGAACAAGGAACUCGAAGAAAUCUUAAGAGCUCCUUCCGAGGUUACCAGAUUUAAUUCGUGUCAUUACUUAUCUGAAGAAAUGGUGCAGUUCUUCCAAUGUGACGCUACUAAACACAAAUGUGAUUCAUGUCCCAGUGAAGUAUCUCGUACAACAUCGUAUUUAACUACCUAUCAUCACGUUCAUCAUCAUCUACAUCAUCGUACUGCUAAGUCCUUCCGGGAAUAUAAAAAUAUGCUAUCAUGUGGAAUGCUUCGCAUUAUAGACGAUAACAGAAUGUCACGCCAGGUCAAAGCAGCGGGGACAAAUCCAUCUGUACCGUCUCCUGUCGCUCAGCAAGCGCAGAAGUACUUGGAACAGAACAUCAAAGCUUGGAUGAAGCCGAAACCGCAGGGUCAGAUGCUGUUUCCUUCACCGGUGACACCGACUGGGCAUUCUCUGCCGAGAACCAACAGCCCAAAUCAACAAGACUAUAAUUCCAGCAAACAAACUAUGGCCCUACUAUCUCAUACAUUAGCAGCAACUGGGGGCUAUCCUCCACCAACUUCAUCCUACUUCAGCCACAGUUCCACUUCUGCCGUGUGUUACGAUCUUCCUACAAAUACUAUACCUCAUUCUUUAUCGUUCAGUGGCUAUUCUCACCAUUCUCUGCUACAAGGAACAUCAUUUAGUUCACCCUGUGCUAGUAGUUACGAUGUAAUUCAACAGCCAUCAGCAGCGGCUAGUUUUUUUGCCAGAGCUGCUCAAAGGCUUAAUCUAUCAUCGAAGAAGCGGAGACGUCAUCAGACUGCUAUUGAUGGCGAGGUUACUUCAUUUAUUACUAAUUUCUACGACGUCAUCAGGGCCACUCCACCACCUGCACCUCCUUGUCUCUUCAGGACUGGAGGCAGAAAGGACAGUGUCGGCAUCGGAAAGGUGAAAGUAAUGGUUAGAGUUUGUCCUGCUAAACCAGCUACAGAUACUAGUUCGACAUUUUUGAAUAUCGACAGCAGGAAGAAGCAAAUAAUCGUGUAUGAUCCUUCGUCUUGCGGCUUAUCGACUCCAGCAGAAAGAAGAGUUGGAGUUUCUGCACCAAAGAUAUUUGCUUUCGAUGCCAUCUAUUCUCCAGACGAGACUCAGACAGAAGUUUGUUCCAGUUCUCUUACAGAAGUUAUUCAAGCAGUAGUUAAUGGAAACGAUGGCUGUCUCUUUGUAUACGGACACUCCAAGUUAGGAAAGUCUUAUACUAUGAUCGGAGGCAGUCAGUCUGCUCAGCACUUGGGCAUCAUUCCCUGCGCUAUCACCUGGCUCUUCAAGCUCAUCGCCGAACAAAAACAGAAAAUCGGUGCUAGAUUUUCAGUUCGAGUGUCUGCAGUUGAACUUACUGGCAGGAAUGAAGUGUUAAAAGAUCUCUUGGCUGAUCAAGCCUCAGGUACCGAAGGUAGCGGGACAUCGCCUGGAGUCUAUCUGAGGGACGACCCCGUUUUUGGCACCCAACUAAUGAACCAUAGCGAAUUAAGAGCACCUACAGCCGAGAAAGCCGCUUAUUUAUUGGAUGCUGCCCUAGCGUCCAGAAGUACAGAUGUGACUGACGAAGGACGAAAUUCGCACUUUCUCUUCACUCUGCACGUCUACCAAUACAGAGUAGAGAAGAGUGGAAAAGGAGGAGUUGCUGGAGGUAGGAGUCGACUUCAUCUCUUCGAUUUGGGGAGUUGCGAAAAGCACUCCAGACCCAGAGAUGGCACUUGUCUGUCUUUGUCUGCAUUGGGAAAUGUCAUCUUGGCUCUGUUCAAUGGUCAUAAGCACGUGCCUUACAAAGACAGUAAACUGACCCAGCUUUUGAGAGAAGCCAUGGGGAGUCUGACGUGUAGAGCUGCCAUGAUUGCCCAUGUGUCCGCAGCCCCAACUCGAUAUUCAGAGACGCUCGCCACCAUUCAAUUCGCAGCCAGAAUACAUCGUAUGAGGAGAAAGAAGUUGAAAUAUUCUGGUGCGGCUACUGGUGAUAGUUUGGACGAUAAAGUAUGUCGACCCUAUAUUAGAAUGCAAGCUGUGAGUGAAGAUGGAAUCAAAUCUGGUAGUAGUGAUCCUGAUUAUACAUCGAGUAGCGAACAAUCUUGUGAUACGGUCAUAUACCUAGGAAACGGGGGAGUGCCAUUAAGUGAUCGUGAGGUGACGGAUAACGAAGGGCCACCUGUGUCCUUACCAAUAACGUCCAAGAUGAUGAAGACAAAACUUAUCGAAACGGAAACACAUCGGCAACAUCAAUCGAUAAAAAAUCAGGAAGACACAUCCACAAAUAAGUCCGCUGCUAAUUCAUCUCCAUCAAAACAACAAAGUAACACUAAUCAAAAUAGAGCUGGAACUAACAAAAACGUCGCCGUCAACAAACAAUCAUUUCAAGCAAGUAAUGUUCAAGAUGCAGAACAAAGUAACACAUUAUCAAAAGGAACUCCCAACCAAAAUACCAGGAAAUCAAGUGCCAAGCAUCGUCCUAAUCCAACAGCCAAACAAGACGGCAGCACUCAACCAGCUGAACAGAAAACUGCAACGAAAGAUUCCACCAAACCUCAAAGCGAUGAACUGUGGAUAGAUGGUCCGAGGUUUACUAAACCAAAAUUUGAUUCACGAACUCUACAUCAGUUGCAAAAAGAACAAUGGGUCGAUGGUCCCGGUAUGUAUGGUUACAUGGACGAUCAUAAACAGAAUAUGAUCAGAAGAUGGGUGGAAGAACAUUCUCAUCAUAUCGGAAAACAACAAAAAGAAGUAUGGAUAGAUUUUCCAAAAUCUGCUAAAGUUCCUCAAACUGUUUCUGAAAGCGGCGAUGUAAGCAAGUGUAAAUCAGGUGAUAGUGUAGAUACAAUGAGGCCAAGGCAUCAGGAUGGGCAAAAAGAUCAAAGACAUCAUAGAACGUGUUCUGAGCCGGAUGUUACGGCUACGGUUCACUAUACUGAAGGAGAUGAUGACAGUGCUAGCAAUUCAGCCGAUGUCGAUGAGACAGACAAUGAAGAGAACACAGAACUAAGCGCUUACGACGCGGAAUUAUCUGAUCUUUGCAUAAGUCAUCAAUAUGAACCUCAGGAUAUAGAAGCUGCUUUACAAAAAGCUCAGAUUUUGUUAGAAUAUGUCCAAAAUGAGGGUGAACAUGCUCUAGAAACCAUAGAGGUAUCAGAACCACACGAACCCGUUCCUACGCAGGAUUCUUGUCUCCAAGUCACCGAAGAAGAUAUUUUUGCAGCGUGUGGAUAUCAGGAAAUCGAAAAUCCCCUCCCCGAAGUUGAUCAAGAGAGUUGCGAGGACAGACAUCAUCCAUUAAGAAUAUUAAGCGAAGAAGAUUUAAACUUGCCAUCUUCAUUUACUGAUUCUGUAAGUAUUGAUUUCGAACGAAUGUCAGAUAAAUGGAGAUUAUUAAGGGAAAUUCACGCUCGUAGAGAGAAAAAAUUAGAAAGUAAGGCAUUUGAUGAAUUGAAUAUGGCUGUGAGAAGCGAUCUUUUAACAGAAAGAUUACAAAGGUUAGCACAUUUUCAUGAUCUCCCUCCGCAAAUAAAUUCAAGAGCGCACGAAACCAAGAGUGGUGCAUCAUCACCAUCCAGCCAACCAACCAAUUUACCAGUUCGCUCUACGCGAUUAACUCUCUCAGAAAUGCUUUAUGGUAGCCACAGCGGAGAGGAAUAUGCCGAAAGUGAUAACAACAGUAUUCAUAGUGAACCAGCUGAUUUAGAUUUCGAUAAAUACGACUAUAAAUUCAAUAUAAAACCUAUGAAUGGUUUAAAAUUAGAAGCGUUUUAUAACAAGAUCCAUAAAGUUCCAGCAUUUCUUGAACAUCAUAUUAAACCUAUCCAAGCAGUUUCUCCAACCUUAAAUUCGUCGAGAUUUAAUCUUCAAAAAGAUGGAAACAAAAGUGAUUAUGCCCAAUUGUCUUCUUUGCGGACAUUGCAUAGAACUGAUGAGAACCACGACCAUGGAAGAGAAAGUCCGUUUUCUAAUCGUCUCACUUCACUAAGACAUCCCGACGGUUCUUCUAAUCCCAACCUCAAUAAACAUCCAUCAAUGUCUCAACUGUCAUCUGAACAAUCUUCUGGCAAUAAUUUGUUGAAAUCCUCAACGUCAGAUUUACGAUCUCCUGGAAAUGGUUCCAGUAAUUCAGAAAGUGAAGAGGUGAGAGGUAAUCUCCACAGAGAAAUGUCCAUAAAUCUACAUAUUAACCCAUUAUCUCCUGAUGCUUUAAAAGAAGAUUUGGCUUUAUACUGUGAUAAAGAACUGGAUACUAGUCAGACGGGUAUGGCAAAAUCUCUCAAAUUAUCUAGGUUAAAAUUAUCUGGAUCUAGUCCUGAGAAAGGAUCUAAAACAGAUAAUUCAAAAAAUGGAAAAUCACCUGGAAAACUACCUCAAAAAUCUAGUCUUAACAAUAGUAACAAUAAAUUAACGAAACAACAAAGUUGGGAUUCUGGAGGAAUUAUCAAAAAUGCUCGGUUGACCAAUAGUAAAUUAGCACCACACUCUAGCCCUACAAGUAGUUCUUCUGGGACAUUAACUUGUUGUUCUGUGAAACCAAAAGACAGAUCAGCUUCAACCAAGCACAAACAUAUUAAAGAAGGACGAUGUGAAAGAACCUACCGAGCAGGAAGAGAGAUGGCAAGGAGUGCUUCUUCACAAAGCAAUGCUCUUAGAGAACGAGAAACUGCAAUUUUGGAUACAUCUGAUGAUCAAAUCCUUAGCAGCAAAAUAUCUUCACCGAGCAGUCUUCCAUCCCCAUAUUUAAAGGUUACUAGAGCUCAAGUAGUACCUCAUUCCAGUAGUGAUACAAGUUCUGACAUGUUAGAUACAGAACAGUUGCUAGUAAAAUGUACUAAAGUUCAACAAUGUUCUGGAACUAGCAGUGGUUAUGAAAGUAUGAUGAGAGACAGUGAAGGUACACCUCUUUCAUCUUCUAGUCAAGAAUCUGGCAUAGAAGAUAAUAGAGAUGGGGAAAUAAGUGGGAGAAAAGGAUCCAGAAAAAAAGGUCAAAAUUCUGGUCGACGCAGUCAAUCUGUACCUGCUCCCUCACCCACCUCACCAGCAAGAUGCCCCCAUGCACCCCAUACUGUCAAUCAACAGCCAGUUCCUCUCCGUGUAGCACACAUUCAAAGGUGGAAUGGUAGAGUAAGAAAAUCAGAUGAAGAAGUGUGUUGCACUGGAUUGUUAUGUUGCAGGUUAAUGGAUUUUUAUUGAGUAUUAAUGUUGACAACUGUCCUUUUGAAUCCCCAAUUGUCUAUCUUAUCCUGCAAAGUUUCAAAUCAUUGUUGCUCUUCAAAUGUCUCGUUUGAAUAUAAAAAUUUGUAAUACAGUCAGCUGCAUCAAUUAAAUGUAGAGCUCUAAAUGGUAGCAGGAAAAAAUUUAUGGAAUUCUGCUAACUUAGUAGCUCAAAAAUCAUAAAUGAAAAUGUACAGUUCCAACCAAUGUACCUACUGUUGUGUGUCUCUGUGAUCCACAAGUUUGAGGAUUUAUAGUUCUCUAAUCCUAAGAAGUCAUCCAUCUUCCUGGUGUGGUUUUUCACACUUUUCCUUUUUAACCAGAACAAUUUUGAGAGUUUUUAUUUCUACAACUUUUUAAUUAAAUGAACAAAACUUUUUUCUAAAAUCAUUAUAUUGUUAAAACAUAUGCAGGGUAAAAAAGCUACACAUCUGUAGAUCAAAGUUAGUUGAAUUCACAGAAAAGAAUUUUUGUAAAGUAUCCUGUGGUAUUUAUUUAUUUAAGAAAAAAUUUGUAUAUUAUGGAACAAAAGCAUUUGGCAGAUGUGGGCACCAGUGCCUUUAAUAAUUAUUAUAGGAUUGAAUAUGUACAAACUUGUACAAAAAUAUAUUACUUAGUUUUGUAAUUAA